GGACCUACGCUAGAUUACUAAUAUCGCUCACAAUUCUUCACUUGAGAAACAAGCUUGUCUAUGAAGGAUAUAAAUAGUAAUGUAAAAAGUUUCUCGCUUAUUUAUUUCUUGAAUGUUGAUCUUAAGACUGAUGUGGUUCAUAACAUGGUGAUGAAUAUUCUAUGAUAAUGGCGGACAGUGAAAAUGUUGAAAUCCCCUCUACAAAUAUAAUCUGUUGAAAUUGAUGGGAAAAAUGUUUGAAUAAGGCAAUAUCCUUUAUUGAAAUUCAGGAUUGAGACAAUAAUAUCAAACACAAAGAAAUGAUCAAAUUUGUAGGUUUAAAGUGCUUGGAAAAGGAACAUAGAGGGGGUCUCGUACUGUGGGAUCAUCAGAGGGGUACUACUCUCAGGUCAAUCUGCAGUGAAUUCACAGAAGCAAUGAUUAGAACUCUCACUUUUUUAUCAAUUCAUGACGUAUCCCAGCUGUUGUACUAAAGAAAAGACGAAAUGAUUUCGCUAUUUUUUUUCUAACGUAUGAUCAUCUAGCUUAAUAAUGAAUAAGUAGCAUUACUGAUUACUUAUUUUUUUUCUUUGUUCGGAUACCUGAAAUAUGUAUUUCCCUUUUGUCUUAGGGUUAUCUUUCAUCACUGUGAUUUUUUGUGCAUUUUCAGAUUUCGCUCUCUUCUUUAUGUUUCGUAUGAGAACGAUUCGGACGUGAUCGUUUCUAUACACUGUUACACAUAUACAUUUUUCUUAAUUUCUUAUAUUUUCUUUCACACACACAAACACACCAAAAAAUUGAGAAAACUUUUUACUGAGAUCUUCAAUUGAAAAAUAUAAGAACCCCUCCCAAUAAUAGUACUUGUAACACACCAUUUUAGUGUCUGUGUUCGAUUGCCCUGUAGCCAAACCGUUCACGUUGGACGGUCUCUUAGCUUAGCACGAUGAGCGCUUCUCCGUCGGGCCGCAGCCUCCCCCCUCCUCCUUCUUCCCUGCCCUCCUCCCCGACGACUUUUGUGACAUGCCUCGCUAGCCCGGAUUUCCGCGGAACACUCACCCACAACACCAUCUCCGAACUCCAGGAGGGUUUCUGCGUCCUCACCGGCGGCCAGAAGACGAACACGGUGAGUAUUAGCGAUUUCCACGCCGUAAUGGUGAAUGAGGGGAUGCACGUCAGUGCGGAGGAACUGCGGGAGCUCCUCCGCGUUGUCCACGGCGACGAGCGCACCGACGGCCUCGACUUCGCUGAGUUCGUCGCCCUGCUCACAAAGGAAGUGGACGACGUGAUGGUGAAGGAGAUGCACUCCGCCUUCCAUCCUCAUGAUAAAGAGGGAACGGGGAGGGUGAGCCGGAAGUACUUUGCCGAGAUGUUCGCGUCGAUGGGUGUGAAAAGCACCGCGGAAGAGGUGGAUGAGCUCAUUGCACUGGCAGAAACCAGUGAGGACUCCGAUACGGUCGAUUAUGUCAAACUCUGUGAGGAGCUCCAGCGUCGGUUAAACAAAAUGUAAAAAAUAAAUGCAUUCAAGUAUAUGGGUAUAUUUAACCCCUCACCUCAUACUCUGUGCGAUAUAUUCGUAAUUACCAGUGUUACAUUCUA